GUUUGAAAACAGGCUGCUGGUUAAAAAGCUGAGAAGGCUAAUCGAGCAGCUGCUUUGGAGGGGUAGCUCGAGUUGUCUUUCAUAUCUUUCGGAUUGUCCGAAAUUGCCUUGGGAUUUCCGAGUUUUUGUGCUGUAGGACAGUUAUUAGGUUUAUGUAAUGCUUUUGCAUUGCUUAAGCUUCUUAACUCCUUCUGCCAGGCCCCUUCGAAGCCCCAGUACCCCCUUAUUGUCUGCUCUAGAGACUUAGGAUCGCACCGGCCACACUGCUUUGAUUACUUCCUGGUAGGGCCCUGGUGCUGCUGAUAGUCUUUGUUUAUUAGCUUUGAGAGGAUCAAUGAUAGCUUGGGUUGUAGUGUAAAAUUUGAAUUGUGCAUUUCAAAAAUCUUAAAUUCGUUUGAAUAAAUAAAGGGAAGAAAAUAGCAAUGCUACGUACGAUUUAGCUGUGUGACAUUUCUCCUUGUGUGCCGGAGCUGGGAAGAUAGUUUAGAGAAUGCACUAACACUUUUGACAGGUUACUUUUUAAAGGGUGAAUAUUUCCUUGGAGAAAAACUCAGGUAAUGCCGCAAAGAAAAAUUCAUUCUAGGAUAAGGAAUAGAAAUAACUGCGGUUUCCUUGAGCUCUCAGAGGUUGGAUGCUUGGCUUGGCUUUGUAAAGUCAGUAUCUUUUUCUGCAUGAAGCCUAUAAAGAUUAUUAACUGGUUAAUUUGUUUUACAGUGCAGUGUUGCAGUUCUUUUAUGAGGGUGCAGAAACUUACCUAAGAAUGUUUCUUUUACAGUGAAUGUUGAGUAUGAAACAACAAAUAAGGUGUAUCAAAUUGCUUUACAAAUUGCUUGGUAGUGCAUUAGCUAUAAUUGUAGUUAUAGCUGUGGUGCUAUAAGUGUAACUUUUUUUUCCCCCCAAAAGAGAUGUGAAAAAAAAAAUCAAAGUAAACACUAGGAAAAGCAUACCUCAUGAAGAAUGAUGAAAUUACUCCUUGCUCACCUGUGGUAACUAUAGGGUUACAAGCAGACAGCAUGCUUUUGGCUUUUUCUAGGUAAAAUCACAUCAAAUUUUAAAAUGGCCUCAUUGGGCACAUGUAUCUAAAAAAAGGAAAAGAGUUUAUGCAAGUGGCAGAUAUCCUGUUGUGAGUCAGUCUUGCCUUUGUUAGUCAGGGUGUCCACUUGACUGUGGAAAAGAGAUGCAGAAAAUUGAGUAUCUCUUGAGGAACUUAAGUUAAAAUAGAGCAUAACUAAGAGGCUUCUGCUGAUUAAAAAAAAAAAAAAAAGAACAGAGUUAUACCUCUAGCCCUAAGGGAGGGGUGAUUUCUGUCCAGAGGGUAAGAUAGCAUCUUUGUAUCUUGCAACAAAGUUUUUCUCUGACAUUGCUUUGGGAGGGUGGUUCUAGUCAUGUGCUUCCAUCUGUAGAACCAGUAAAGCUUAAGUUUCACAACUUUAUGUGGGUUUUUCCUUUCUGUUCAUAUUCUGUGAAUUGAACCAGUUUCAUUUGGGCCUCCCACUUUAAUCUGUUGGCAUCCAUUCAUUGAUAUAAUCUCAUGUUUUUGUGUUGAGCUUGAUCUUAUUCUUGCCUGCCUGUUGUUUCAGUGAUUAAAUGAUUAUUAAAAUUGUGGGUCCUUGAUCAGUUCAUCAUCUUGGAGCAUUAUAUAUUCUGGUAUUUAUUCUCCAACACUCUCGUAUUUCUUCCUUUCUUUUUUUGUUUUUGGUAGGGCUCCAAAAGGGUAGCCAAUGUGCAGAAAGAUGUGGUGAUCGGGUUUGGGUCUGAUUACGUUGUUAUUAGGGAGGGGAAAAUCCCUGUUUUGGCACUGGGACAAUAAAAGUAAUGCCCUUGCCUUGUUUUCUUUGGGAGGUUGCAAUUACACCAUGGUGAAACAGCCUUAAGGCAGCCAAGCAAAUUGCAAAAGACCAACAUCCUAAGCUCUGCUAGGUAGCAACACAUCCUUGGAAAGUACUUCUCUUUCCUUUGAGCAUCGAUUUCAUUGUGCCAUCUGUAGAAAAGGGUAUUACCUCACAUUGACUUUGCAGGUUGCUGUUAGGAUGAACAGGGUCAUUUUUUGUGAAAGCUUUGAGAUACUCCAAACACUAUUUGAAUAGUAGGUGGUAUUAUAGGUCAGAACAUCUUUAUAAAGAGAACUCUGAAGACUUAAAUAUCUAAAGCCCUUUAAAUAGGGCCUAGGACAGGCUGGCUUUAUGCUGAAUUAUGUUUUACAGGGAGAUAUAUUACUCAACAAGAUUAGGGGGUAUAAGAAGUAAUUAUACUUCAGAAUUAACUUGAGCUUCUUAUCUAUGGAAGGCACUGGGUACAUUUAUUGUAUAUGUUGUGUAACUGUAUAUCACAGCAAUUCUCAAACUUUUGGUUUUCAGAACCCCUUUAUGCUCUUAAAAAUUAUUGAGGACCCGAAGGGUCUUUGGUUGACUUAAAUCUAUUUAUAUUUGCUAUACUAGAAGUUAAAACAGAAAAAUGUAAAAUAUGUAUUUAUUAAAUCAUUUACAAUUAACAAUGUAAAUCCAUUCCUGUUAACAUAAAUAAUAAUUUCUAUAAAAUAGCUGUAUUUUUCAAAAACGAAAAUUUAGUGAGAAGAGUAGCAUUGUUUUAAUUUUGGCAACUCUUUUUGUUGUCUGGCUUAGUAGAAGACUGGUGGAUUUUCAUAUCUGCUUUCACACUCGGUCUCUUGAGAUAACACACAUCAUGUAACCUCUGGAAAACUCCACUGCAUGCUUGUGAGUAAGAGUAAACAAAUAAAAGUAACAUCAGUAUUAUUUAUGAAAAUAGUUUGACUUCAUGUACCCCCUGAGGGGUUUUGGAAACUCUCUGGGACUUUAAGAACCUAGUAGUAUGCAGCUAUAGUACCAGUUAAGGACACCUGCUCUUAACAAAAUAGCUUUAAAAUAUUAAAGAAUUCCCUAUGGGCUUAAAGCUAGCAACAUUUAUAUCUGUGUGGAAACUUACAGAGUUUGUGAACUAUAUUAGCUGAGACCAUGGGGUCCAGUAGUCCUUUGCUCUCAAAGGAGUUGCAGUCUAAUCUAGUUGGGGAGAGACAGGAAGCUAACUGGUUAGAAGAUAAAUCCAUGUUGUGGUUUAAGGUAAAUGUUGAAAAUAGCAAUUUCCUAAUACGGUAAAAGUUGAUUUAUGUCUAAUUUUGCUGAAAGCAUUCUCGUUUUAAGUGAAAAAGUUUUAAAUAAAAACUGGGACAUUCUCUCAAGGUUUAAGUGCAUAUAUCCAGAUGUUAUUUUCAGAAGCUGGAGGCUUGAGUAUUUCUUAUUUUUGUGGGUAAAAGAGUUAAACCAGUGGCAAAAUACUGGGGGAAAAACACAGAUUGUUUAAAAAGAGGCCUUGGUCACAACUGUUUCAAUAACUAAGGAAAGCCAAAGACUUCAGGGGUUUGGAUUGAAUAGCUAGUUAUAUUGGAGAUAUUUUAAUAGCUUAGGCAAGAAAAUUUUUCCCUGAUUAAUUCUUCAAAGAAUUGAGAAGGUCUCUUAAAGUUUCCAGUACAUGCUUGCCCUCAUAUUACUCUAAGAAAACUAAGUGUAGAUUAAUUGUUCUGCAGUUUGUGAAUAUUGGAGAUUAACUCUUUUUUUUUUUUUGAAGAUCCAUUUAGUAGGAUGAAGCUCUGAUUAUCGACUCCUUGUAAUUGGUAAUAAAUUUUUAAUUUGUGAUAAAAGUGAGAAACCACCUUGAUGGAAUUAUGGUUAUUGUGUAUCAUGUUUCUCUCACAACCUAACAUUUGAAGACUUUUGUAUGCACUAUCUAAAUUUUCUAGAUAUGAUCAGUCAUUUGUUCAUUGUAAAUUCAAAUGCAUUUACUGCUUUUUAGUAAUAACCCUGUGUGAAAUAUUUAUUAAGUGCCUAGUAUGUAAUAAGACACUCAGUAAAUAUUUGCUUAAUGAAUGAAGGACCUUUCUUCCAUUUAGAUGGUGGCUGGAAUGGCCUUAAACUUUAUGUUGAAAAUAAAUGGAGAGUAAGUGAGCUUCUCCCCAGAAUGCUUUUACCAGUCCUCACUCCCAGUUUUUAGUCUGUAAAGUAAACUUUGACUGGAUUGUGAGCAAAUGACCAUCUGCAGUGUUGUUACCACGAUGAAUUUGUAUUCUUUUGACUCUCUGUGUUUAUAGAUGGAUGGGUGGACAUUUUAGCAGUAAAUGUGGGUGGGGCAGUUAAAAAUCAAUUAAUUGGUGAUACUUUUCUUCACAUUAAUUUUGAAGAUUAAAUUUUAUUUUCAGAUGUUAAUUUUUUCCUGAAGAAUUUAAGCUUUUUUGGGGUAAUGUUUGUAAGCUUAAGACAAAUGUAAUUGUCUUUCUGAUUCUUCUGGCACUAUUCCAUCCCCAUUCCCAGCCCUCAGAACCUUAAAGCAGCAGCAGCAGCAGCAACAGCAGCAGCAGCGUAUUUCCACAGUCUCUGAAUAAUUGGUAUUAGAUGUGAAAGACCUGGAAUUUAGAAUGUGUUCCAUGUGUUUGUUUGAGGAGACUGCAGUCUGGGGAUUGAGCCUAACAUUUUUCUGUUGUGAAGAAGUUUCGACACAUAGAUCAAAAGUUAUUUUCUAAAUAGAAUUCUUAGUGGUAUACAAAGAAUAUCCUUCAUGGUCUAAGCAGAAGGAGGGAGGAUCAUGGGGUGAGGGGAGAAUUUGAACUCUUUGUUUUGGCUUCCUGGUACUCAUUUAUUCUCAAAAUAAUUUAUUCUCAUUAUUCUUUGCUGUUGCAGCAUUAGCUUUAGGCUCUUAUACUAUCCUACUUUUUCCUUGUUGAAAUUUAUACAAUUUCCUUCUUUAGUAGAACAUAAUAGAUUAAUUUCUGAUCCUUCAAACUUGAUUUAGAAAUACUUAAUUUUUUCUAGUGUUUGUAGCUCAGUAAGCAGAACAGUGAGUAAUUUAGUUUGUAGCUCAUUGAGUAAUUUAAGUUCCUGUUUUAAAAUUUGAGUCCCUCUUCCAUCAGGGAGUAAUUUACAAGUACAUUUCUCCCUAACCUGGUUUAUUUUUUUCUUUUUGAGCCUCCCAUCCCUUCUUGAGCUGAAUAUUUAUUUUUCCUUGUUUGAAAAAAAAAAUUAGUUUCCUUUGGUUAAAUUUCCAACCUCUGGGUUUUGUGUUCCAUCUAGACAUCCAGAUAGACUUGGGUAGUAGUUUAUCAGUGUUUGAAGUGGAAAAAUGUAUAUGGUUUAAUGUAUUUUAGUGUUUUAUGUUUAUUCAUAGCUAUUUUAAACAUGAGAGCAACUGCUGUAGGUGUUUUAAUAGAGCUUUCCAGGACAGAUGGCUUAGAAGGAAGUACUUAGAUUCUCUGCAGGGGCUAGUACUUCUUGGAGGGUGUGUUUGUGAUGAAGCUUACCCUGAUUGACAGUUUAGAAUCCUGAGAAUACCAUUAACAACAGUAAUAGCUUGUUCAUCUUACCUAGAAUUAUUUGGUGCUAAGACCUUUCGAAAUGCUCUGUGAUUUGUAAUAGUCUGUUUUGAGAAUGAAGUGUGCCGGUCCAACAAAAGCCCCUGGGUCUGUUUGACUUGUUCAAGUGUCCACUGUGGAAGGUAUGUGAAUGGCCAUGCAAAAAAACAUUAUGAAGAUGCACAAAUACCUUUAACCAAUCAUAAGAAAUCAGAAAAGCAAGAAAAAGCUCAGCACACAGUGUGUAUGGAUUGCAGUAGCUACAGUACAUAUUGUUAUCGCUGUGAUGAUUUUGUGGUUAAUGACACCAAGCUGGGACUGGUACAGAAAGUCAGAGAACACUUACAGAACUUGGAAAACUCAGCUUUCACAGCUGACAGGCAUAGGAAAAGAAAACUUUUGGAAAACUCAUCACUAAACAGCAAGUUAUUAAAAGUAAAUGGAAGUACCACUGCCAUUUGUGCCACAGGUCUUCGAAAUUUGGGGAACACGUGUUUCAUGAAUGCCAUCCUUCAGUCACUCAGUAACAUUGAGCAGUUUUGCUGUUAUUUCAAAGAACUACCCGCUGUGGAGUUAAGGAAUGGGAAGACAGCAGGGAGGCGAACGUACCACACCAGGAGCCAGGGGGACAACAACGUGUCUUUGGUAGAAGAGUUUAGGAAGACACUCUGUGCUUUAUGGCAAGGGAGCCAGACUGCAUUUAGCCCGGAAUCCUUAUUUUAUGUUGUUUGGAAGAUUAUGCCAAAUUUUAGGGGCUAUCAGCAGCAGGAUGCCCAUGAAUUCAUGCGCUACCUGUUAGACCACCUGCACUUGGAACUCCAGGGCGGUUUCAAUGGGAUCUCCCGCUCAUCAAUUCUGCAAGAGAAUUCCACUCUGUCUGCAAGUAACAAAUGUUGCAUAAAUGGAGCAUCUACAGUUGUCACGGCUAUAUUCGGAGGCAUUCUCCAAAAUGAGGUUAACUGCCUCAUAUGUGGGACAGAAUCUAGAAAGUUUGAUCCAUUCCUAGACCUUUCAUUAGAUAUUCCAAGUCAGUUCAGAAAUAAGCGCUCUAAGAAUCAAGAAAAUGGACCAGUUUGUUCAUUACGAGAUUGUCUUCGCAGUUUUACCGACUUAGAAGAACUUGAUGAGACAGAGUUAUAUAUGUGCCACAAGUGCAAGAAGAAACAAAAGUCCACUAAAAAGUUUUGGAUCCAAAAACUACCCAAGGUGCUAUGCUUACAUUUGAAGAGAUUUCACUGGACUGCAUAUUUACGAAACAAAGUUGAUACAUAUGUAGAAUUUCCCCUGAGAGGCCUAGACAUGAAAUGCUACUUGCUAGAGCCUGAGAACAGUGGCCCGGAGAACUGCCUGUAUGACCUUGCCGCGGUGGUGGUGCACCAUGGUUCUGGGGUUGGUUCUGGACAUUACACAGCAUAUGCAACUCACGAAGGUCGCUGGUUCCAUUUCAAUGACAGUACUGUAACCCUGACUGAUGAAGACACCGUCGUGAAGGCCAAGGCCUACAUCCUUUUUUAUGUGGAACGCCAGGCCAAAGCUGGAUCAGACAAACUUUAAUACCUCCUCCAAAUCAUUAUUCGUCAACUAUACCGGACAAACAUUUCCAAUUUUCCAUAAAUACUUGAUCCAAGAUUUAAUUUCAUUAUGCACUUUUUUAAUUUCCUAUUUUGGGUUUAGUUUUGUCAAUGGUAGUGACUUAUUGAACAUGGGCACCAACUAAUUUUUUUUUUUUUUUUUUUUUUUUUUAGUUCUACCAGAAAACCUCAGCAGAUAUUUUGAUUUGCUGCUUUAGUUGUAAUAAUUUGGUUUUUAUAUGUAGGUUCAAGAACUUAGUUCUAUUUGACUUUUUUAUAUUAAUGUUUUCAGUUCUCACUUUGAGGCACAUUUACAUCAAUGCUUUGUUACUCUCACAUCCUGAAAGCAAGGUAUGUUCCUGAUUGUGAAGAGCACUGUAACUGCCUGCUGCCUUCUCACAGCUGGAAUGGGGAUCAGGUUGGCUCUAAAUCAAGGAUCAUGUGUGCGCAUGCUCUGUGGCCCAGGAGACUUCAGUGACCGCUCAGUAAUCACUCUUUUGCUUGUAAAAGAUAACUGAAAGGGCAUCAUUACGUAGACCAGGUAACUGCUGCUGUUGUUUUCUCUCAAAGCUGCUGUUUAUCAGCACUAACUAAAUAAAUUUGUUGGUUCAGUUGUACCUAUACUGCAGAUUCAAGAAUCACUCUAUUUCUUCUUCUUGAUUUUGGGGCAUUUUCAUGGAGGAGAUGAUAGGGGUACCGAAAAGUCCAAAUAAGAUCAAAUACACAUAAGUGUAAAAAAUUCUCAGCUACAUGUUAUCCAGGUGUUAUUUAUCCAAUGUGAUGAAACUGUGGCUUCUGUUUUGCCUUUUUGAGUCAGCACCAAUUCCCUCAUGUGCAGCACUGAGAUUAACUGCACGUCCACUCUAGGCUUACUUCUUGCUUGGCGACCUGAGGUUGAGAUGCUCACCUCCAGAGUGACUCUGACCGUCACCCACACUUCAGCUAACACUGUGGGGUUGGCCUCCACAGAAGGAAACUAGAGUCUUCACUCUCAUUGGCCUCUCCUGAUAACACAGCAAGCUGCAAAUAUUCUCGCUUUGUAGAAGUAAUUUCUAUUCUUGAAUGUAGUAGUUUGUUUUAAAAUUGUUUUCAAGAAAAGUAGGUAUCGGCAUGAUUUAGAUUUGACUCAAAUUGAAAUCUGGAACCAGAACCCUGUCUAAUGAAGGUAACUGAUUUCUAUAAGUGCUCCAAGCCAGCCUGCUGAUCUUGGGGUGCUGGUGGCAUGAUGUGCCAAUUGUGGCAAAAGAGGAAGGUGCUCCUCCUAGGCCUGCGGGAUAGAAGCACUCCAUUUUCACGUCCCUUCCUGUCCCAGUCUUCAUUUUCCUCCCUUCCCAAUCUUAUAACAAGUCAUUACAAGGGGCAGAAUGUAUUUCCUGUGAAGCCAGCCAAACACACUUUUCAAUAAUCUUGUUUAUUCUGUUAAAAGAAAAAAUGGUUCAGGUUUUCUUAAGUGUAUGAAUGUAAAGGAAAGUAGGGUGCUCCCCUCCUGGGUCAGAUAGUUGAAGCUGUAGGAGCAGAUGGGCUCCAUUUCCACUUUAGUAUUAGCUGAGUAAAUCCCAUGAUUUCUCCGAGCAAGACAUCUGUUAAACACUUUAACACGACUAGGAGCGAAUUAUCAUUAUGUCUAAACUUGUGGCUACCCAGUACAGCUGCCAUUGGCCACAUGUGGUUAUUAGCUAAAUGUUAAUUUUAAUUAAAAAUAAAAACUCAGUUCAUCAGUCACACAGGCCAGAUUUCAAGAGCUCAGGAGCCACAUGUAACUCAGGGCUGCCCAGGUCUGAGACAGUUCCACUGACGUGCAGAGCGUGCAGACAGCACCGGUCUGCAUUUCCAUUCCAGAGGGGAAAAAAGCUUCACCAGCGUGUUCAGGCCUUAGAGCUUAGAAAUAGAGGGCCUGGAAUUAAGAGGGAAACAUGUACUUAAAAUGGCUUACAAUGCUAGAGUACACGACGUGUUGAGGCACAUGAAAUUGUGGUAGUGACUUUUUGACCAACAAAAGUGACAGUUUCACAUAACUUGAUCCGUAUCAAUAUAUUAACACCACACGUCAUUAAACUUGAAACGUGUAACUCGUCUGAUCUUGCGCCUACGAACCCAGGCUUUUUUGCUUAGAAGGUACACAUUUGUAACUCUGACUAUUUGCACUUAAGAUUAUUAGUUUCUGGAUGGGCAGCAGUUGUAACUGUGGCAGGAAAGCCUCAGGCAGUAUUGAUGGAGCAAAGUGGCCUUUGUACCAAAUUUAUAGCUGACUAGAUGGGCAAGUGGUCCUCACACGGGCAGCAUAGUUAGCUUAGGAGAUAACACAUCUCCUCUUUGACUUUUGUCGUGUUUUUAUUUCCUGAUUUACUUCAGCAGAUGUGUUUGAAGGACAUCAUGAAGGUUCUUUGGAAGAGUGACUGGAUCCAUGUGAACCGUGCCCUUGAACACUUGUGAUAUAAAUGUGCCUAUUUGUAUUUUUAAAAUUUAACUGUGCAGCCUUAUCAUGCCUAUUUCAGAAGCUGACCUUCGUGCUCUGCAGGGCUUGUCCCGCGUGCUGUGUUGUCUCUAGUGUGCAGGUGGCUUCUCGUUCAGAGAGCAGCGCUGAGGCAGGGCCUUGUGCCGAGUCACAGUCACAGGGCUCCUCGGAACAGGAACAGGAGAACUCUCACAAGUCCUCCCGCACAGGUGGGGGAUGGAAACAGUUUGUGGCAACACAAAUCUCUCUCCAUGGUGGAGAAACCUGUGCUUAUCCACUGGAUUCUACUCAGUGUCUAGUGAUCCAGAUGUAACACAACUAAGCCGGGCAAGUGUAUGGGCCCUCCCUGGUUGUAUUAAAUGUGUGUCUCACCUCUGGAACCUACUCAGCAGCUUGGUUUCUGGGGCUGGGCACACAUUUACUUCUUAAAGCCAAGCCUCUCCUUCACUGGUUUAGUGUGUACCUAAGUCUGUUUAGUACACUUGGCCCACGUCAACCUCCACCGUCCCCCUGUUGCUGAAGUAUCCUCUUCACUCGGGCUCUGGAGACACUCAUGAGCAAAAGUCUGUGCCUGCAGCCAGGGCAUGGGUCCCAGGUGACAGGAAGGGGUGGGUGUGUGCUGGCGUCAUGCUGCAGUCCAAGGUCUAAGCAUCGCUUCACUGGGUGCAUGCCUUUCCCCCUCAGGUCUGAGGGCGACGGACUCCAGACUGCCCUCUUCGAGUCGUGCUGUGAUGCAGUUAUGUUCACUAAGACCUAGUUUGUCCGAUGCUGAGAAGAUUAACUGUGCCAGUGACCAAUUUCAUUUAAGUUGUAACCAUACCCCUUUUCUGCUUCACCAACCCGAUCUUUUUUAUGGAAAGUAUCAUUAAAGAUCUGGUCUCUUUCC